AGGGCCCUGGGAGCCAGAUUCGCGGCGCUCCCGCUCCCGCUCCCCGCGGUUGGCUUCCAUGGGCGGUCCCCAGGCCUAUUUCGCCGAAGGGGCGGGAGCGGGGGCGGAGCACAGUCUUUCGCAGCCUGGGAAGGCGUGGCUGAGGCGGGAAGGUCUUUGAUAGCUGGCUUGGCGGGUGUCACACGCGCUCUGAGACCAGGCUGGGCUGUGCGCGCCGAGCUCACCUGGACGCGGUGCUCGAUCGCGCACUCGAGCCCGCCCCGACCCUCUCUGUAGCAGCCGAAUUUGGGGCAACAUCUCCGUGUCGCUGCCGCCAGCAAGCCCUCUGUCCCCCAUCAGAGAGGUCACAUGGGCCACGAGGUCACCUGCCCGUGGAGGGGCCACCUGCUUCCCCUCCAGGUGAGGACUUGGAUCGAGCCUGUGGUGGCCUCGACCCAGCUGGCCGCCUCCCUCUAUGACACGGGGCUACUCCUGGUGGUGAAGGCAUCCUUCCGGGCCAGGAACUCCUCCAACCACAGCACCACCCUGUCUCUCCGGGGAGCCGAAGAGGACCAAGAGCAGAAGGCCAUCUCCAAUUUCUACAUCAUCUACAACCUCGUGGUGGGCCUGACGCCUUUGCUGUCCGCCUAUGGGCUGGGCUGGCUCAGCGACAGGUACCACCGCAAGAUCUCCAUCGCCAUGUCGCUGCUGGGCUUCCUGCUGUCCCGCUUCGGACUGCUCCUCAAAGUGCUGCUGGAUUGGCCGGUGGAGGUGCUGUACGGGGCUGCGGCGCUGAACGGGCUGGGCGGCGGCUUCUCAGCCUACUGGUCCGGAGUCAUGGCGCUGGGAUCCCUGGGCUCCUCCGAGGGCCGCCGCUCCUUGCGCCUCAUCCUUAUUGACCUGAUCAUGGGCUUGGCAGGGUUCUGCGGCAGCAUGGCCUCCGGAUAUCUCUUCAAGAAGAUGGCUGGGCACUCUGGGCAGGGCCUGGUGCUGACGGGCUGCAGUGUAUCCUUUGCCUCUUUCGCUUUUUUCUAUGCCCUCUUGGUGCUGAAGGUCCCUAAGGCCAGCAAGGAGUUCCCCAGCGUGGAUACUGUAUCUGGCACAGUGGGCACGUAUCGCACCCUGGAUCCUGACCAGCUGGACAAGCAGCGUGUAGUGGGGCACCUUUCAUCUCCCAGAAAAGCAAAGCCCCCAAAAACCACCAUUGCCCUGCUCUUUGUGGGUGCCAUCAUGUAUGACCUGGCAGUGGUGGGAACAGUGGACGUGAUGGCCCUUUUUGUGCUGAGGGAGCCUCUGAGUUGGAACCAAGUGCAGGUGGGCUAUGGUAUGGCUUCCGGGUACACCAUCUUCAUCACCAGCUUCCUGGGUGUCCUGGUCUUCUCCCGCUACUUCCAGGACACCACCAUGAUCAUGAUUGGCAUGGUCUCCUUUGCAUCAGGAGCCCUCCUCUUGGCCUUUGUGAAAGAGACAUACAUGUUCUAUAUUGCACGAGCUGUCAUGAUGUUCGCUCUCAUCCCCAUCACAACCAUCCGGUCAGCCAUGUCUAAACUCAUAAAGGACUCCUCUUACGGAAAGGUGUUCGUCAUACUGCAGCUGUCCUUGGCUCUGACUGGGGUGGUGACAUCCACCAUGUAUAACAAGAUCUAUCAGCUCACCAUGGACAAGUUUAUUGGCACCAGUUUUGCUCUCUCCUCCUUCAUAUCCUUCUUGGCCAUUGUCCCAAUUGGAAUUGUGGCCUACAAACAAGUCCCAGGCUUUCAAUAUGAAGACAGGACAGAGAAAUGAAGGUGCAGAUCUACAGGGGCUUCAAAACACCAGCAGUGGCUGGAUCUCCCGAAAGACUAAGGAAGGGACCAGAGAACUGGUGACCAAAGCAACUACUCCUCAAGAAACCUAAGUUCCAGCCAAAGUUAGUCUCCAAAUGGCUCUGGUUCAGGGGUCCCAGGUGGACGGGAAAAGCACUUUCUGGGUGAUGGAAGAACUUUCUCAGCUCUCAGAUGCCCCUAUUAGGCAGAUGUUAGGUUCUGGGGUGCCAGCUGCUAUCCCAGGCCCUAGAUGGGGCUUCAGACUCCAACUGCAGCCAGCCGGCCUCCUUUCUUCUGGGUACUAUCUUGAUGGCUCCAACACAGGACUAACUGCUCACCUGGGUGCUGUGCUACAAGUCCCACAGGAAGACUCAAAUGAGGCCUGCAUUUCCAACAGCCUGAAGGAAAGGGAUGUUUUCUAAGAACUGCCAGCAGUUUUGGAUGAACAAUAUCUUUCAAAUUAAAAUAAAGCCUUGACAAAAAGUCACUCUUCUUUCCUGGGGCCUUGUUAGCUAUGGAAACUCAAGAGCAAUGCUCAGGGUAGUGUUCUCAUGGUUGUUUUUGAGCAGGAAAUAUCAAAAGAUUUCCUUAAUGGAAUAGUCAGUUGAAUACUGUCAGUCAACAAUACUUUCCAAAGUGGGUGGUGUAAAGGGAGAGGAUAUAUAAGAGCCAUUUUGUUUCACGGUAUUUAUUUUUGUCUAUUUUACUUACAUAUAUAAAAGCAACUCACCUCUCAAUAAAGUCAACAUUUACAAUGUGA